CCGCGAUACUUUCGUCACCCCCCGGACCCGCUGACUCGCCCGGCGGACUUCAGACAUCAAGUGGCCUCGUCACAGGCACUUGCACGCUGACUUUGCGCCUCCUCGCUAUCACUUGCCGCUCCGUUCUUUUCCGCCUCCAACAUUCACUGCGGGUAACCUUCAUGGAACCAAACUUCCACUGUUCCUAGUCUUGGCGGGCCCUGACACCUGCUCACUAUCAUUCGGUGCGAAGGAGCUGGUCUCAAUUGACAACACGCCUCAUACCGAGACCCUCUUAGCCACCCGUUCUCUUCCUUCACACUGUCGCAUCAUCAGCUGGCUUCCUCAUUUGCGCGAGCUGCUGUGUCUGUUUAUCACAGUGACAACAGAUCGUACGGUGGACCUACCGCUAGCAUCCUCCCCAGCUUAUUGUUUCAAUCCUACUCCAGAGUCCAGACAUCAUGGGUCGCUCGCGUGUGCUGUCGCUGAUGUCGGUAUUCGGCGGCUCUUCUCGCAAAGACAACCCAAGUCAACACCAUCGGACUGCGUCGGCUUCAGUAACCUUGAACCAUCCCCCGUUCAGGACCGAUACUCCCUCCCCAGAUACUUCACCUGUUGAUGCUUCGCCAAUCAGUGUGACCUCCAACACAGAACGACGUAUUUCGUCACGACCCGGCUCGACCUCUUUUUCGCACAACCCCCCGCUAGUGGAGUUCUCGCAAGAUACACCGCCAGAACUCCAACCGAUUUUUGGCCACUUAAAUAGCCACGCCAACAAAUUAUAUCACGAAGGUUAUUUUUUAAAGUUGAAUGACUUGGAUAUCCACGGCCGGCCAUGUUCUGAUCGACAAUGGGUGGAAUGUUAUGCACAACUCGUUGGAACUGCUCUUUCUCUCUGGGAUGCCGCCGCGCUGGACGAGGCGGGUGAGGAAGAUGACGUUCGCCCAACGUUCAUCAAUUUGGCGGAUGCUUCGAUUAAAAUGCUCGAAACGCUGCCAACCCGGAACCAAGAAGUGCAGUCACUUAAGAACAUAUUGAGUAUAUGCUCCGCGGGCCAAAAUCGAUACCUUCUUCUCUUCAAUUCCUUCCACUCUUUGACUCAGUGGACUGCCGCUAUACGUCUGGCCUUGUUCGAGCACACGUCGUUGUAUGAGGCCUAUACCGGCUCGAUCAUUGCUGGGAAGGGGAAAGCUCUCAACAAUGUGAAACACAUUCUCGAGCGCAAUCGGUUCAAACAUGAAGACUGGGCUCGUGUGAGGUUUGGCGCAGGAACGCCCUGGAGGCGGUGUUGGUUCGUCAUUACUCCCCCAAACGAGAAAGAAUUUCAAAAGGCGCAGAAGUCGAUCAAGAAGUCGGCGUAUGACCGCACCCCUCGAUUAGUCACAGGCCAUAUCAAGUUCUACGAGACGAAGAAGACCAAGAAAGCGACACCGAUUGCCACUAUCACCGACGCCUAUGCUGCUUACGCGAUCUAUCCCCAAUCGAAGCCGUUGAUUGACCAGUCAACCUUGGUCAAAAUCGAAGGCAGGAUCACAAUUCAUUCGCAGACAGGAUCCACUUCCGAGGGGUUGGUUUUUGUUAUGCCUGAAGUCCAUCCAGCUGUUUCAGGGUUCGAGAUUAUGCUCCGAUUCCUGAUGCCCACCUUUGACACGUUCAAUCUCUACGGACGGCCGACUCGGCUGCUCGCCGCCACGAAUCACAUCAAAAGUAUAAUGUUCGCAUUUCCAAACCACCGACGCUAUGGUUACUUGGAUCUCCUAGAUAUUUCCAGUCUCAUGCAGACACCUGGAAGUCAAAAUUGGAGCGAAGCGGAAUGGCGGAGGCAGCUCAAAGAAGCCACGGCACGCCGUAUGGCAACAGCUGGAAGCCGAACUAGCAGUGUCUCUGGGAGCAAGCCACGUUUCCGGUCCAGCCUACCAAGUCGGCAAAACGGCAAUGUUCGCGCCGGACCCCAGCAGCGCAAUUGCACUUCUCCCGGAAAUCGCCCUGGUCACAAUCAGUCCACCGAUGCUAUUGUGCGCGAGGAGCCUGAGGGUGAGCCUGUCUCGCUCGUCCAUCAUACUCGCGGAGCUUCCGAUUUCGUCGGGCUCGCGCCUCCGGCACAGGCUCCUCCUGUCUCUCUAAGUGAUAGCUCACCACUAUCAUCUGCUCAGGAGCUUCCGCCCAAUGGAGAACAUCCCCGCGAUAGUGACCGUGGCAGUACGGAGGGUGAGUCGAAGCCUCAUCUAAUCUCUGCACCUGAGGUCGCUGGACAACAAUGCCUCCCUGUCUCGCCUCCUUCACCUGUAGCCCAACCUCCCGCUUUCACUCACGGGCCGGGAGAGGUUCCCUCCACUCGACCCCGGCCGCCACCAGACCUAAGAAAAGUCAAUAACAGGAUGUCGGAUGCUACGCUCACCCAACUUGUGGCUGCUUCCGGAGGGUUGGAUCGUCUUGGCACUGAUCCAACGGCAGAAGGCCACGCGACAAGCAGAAGCUCCAACGAUCCUAGUCCGCUCACCCCAAGUAGUGAAUCUGCCGAGCACUACGCAGAUUGGGUCCUUCCAGAGGCGCUCGAUUCGAGGAAGAACACCGAACAACCCUCCCAAACUCCUGAGUCUCGUUCUAGUGCCUUCGGGCCACCGCUGGCUAUACCAAAGGCACGUGGGCUACACUUGGAUACUACGAAAGCUGUGAAAAGAAAGCCCGUGCCUCAGCAGUACGCUGGGGAGCCGGACUCUUCCAGUGUCGUUGGGGAGCCCAGCCUUGAGGAUCUUCGCCACACUGUCAAUUAUGAGGCUCUCAACUGGGUCGGUAGCCGUCAGCUAUCAUUCACAUCUCGCGAGCAAGAGAUUCGACAAGACGAAGAGAGCAUCUACGACGACGAGUCGGCUGCAUCUCCUGACUAUGCUAGUACACAUGGUUCCGUCUACAGCAAGCGCUCAGUCAAAUCAAUUCCUCGACCUAGGAUGGGAGUCAUGAAGACAGUAGGGACGGUACCUGACAAAAAGGACUUCGUUAUUGGCGAUGCACAUUACUCUAUGGAGGAAUCGGCAGAACCCAACCCUGACAUUCCUACUAUCGAUUUUGGCCCGACAAUGACUUUGAUGCCUACCACGGCACGUCCUAACACCUCGGAGACUUCGAAGAAAUCCGGUCACGAGAGAAGCGACUCAAAUGCAACAGAAAAACAAGGUCCCACACACCACAUGGAGCGCUCACAUUCCAGGUCACCCAGCAUGAUGUGGCAGCCUGGUAUGGCGGCUCCCCGACCAACAACGCCCGGUCGUCUGACACCUGAGCAGUUUGUACAACAACGGUCAGCUCCCAGCCCGCCUGCCCAUGUUCACCACCGAACUCUUUCGUCGUCAGCAACGAGUAAACUAGCACCGCCUCUCCCUCGGCCCCUCUCUGGGGAUUGGGCGAGCAGCUCCAGGCUACAGCCGCACUCUUCUGGCAACCGAGAGGGUCCGGCGCGUCCCCACUCUCGUGGCGCCAGUGCUGUUAUGAACUACAAUGAACUUUCAUCACAUUUGUCGGCUCGGGAACAGGAGCAUGUUUCGCGCAUGACCGGCGCCCCUCUCCUAGAUUUUUCCGGUGGACACAAGCCGCAGGUGACUCCCGUCAAUCCCAUGGGCCUGGUGGGGGCCAUUGAUGCUCGAGAGCGCGAGAAAAAGAGCAUCCGUGAGGGAGUCUCCAAUCAAAUGGUGCAGCACGCGAUUGCACAGCGUCAGCAACAUUGGCAACAGCAACAGCAGCCAAUGUCCACGCAGACUCAACCUCGGCCUCAGGGCCAGGAGAAUCAUUAUAGCGUGUAUAAUCUCCCCGCAGCUAGCCAAACCUGGGAUGCCCUCAACCAACCCUACCAUCCAGAAGAGCCGCGGCGCCAGUCGUGGUACGGGCAAUACUUCGCAGCACAGAAAUCGCAGACGCCCCCUGCACAUCAUCACACCCAGUCUCUCGGCCAAUCAGCUGGAUAUUUCAGCAAUGCCAACGCAACGCACUACUAGGGUAUUGCCUGUGCGCUGGUUGGCGCUUCGCUCCUUGCCACUUGCUUACCUUGUAUUCAUUCCGUUUGCCUUGAUCUCACAUGUGUCAUAAUAGCACCCUGUCGCUAUUUUCGAUGCCAUAUUUGUCUUUCAACUUCCGAUGCAUCUUAGAGCUAGAACUCGAAAAUCUGGAUGGUUGACUGCUGUAUGCUAUUUUGGGCUGGUGGCGUUUAGAUCGCAGCAUUUCUCGGCGUUCUUGUUUGGAGAUAGCUUUCCUUGCAAUGUUCCCUGGCGUUACUUAAUCGCAGACUUAGCUCUUAGAAGAUGCU